AUGUCCUGCCACAGCAACAGCUCUGCUACUCUUGCAAACAACCCCGAGUGCGAACUCCUUCCUGUAACGGGCACUCCGCCACCACCCGCGCCCGAGCCCGCGAAACCACAAACCCCCCCGGGCUUGUUGCUACGAGUCCUCGACACCUGGUUCUACGAGAUCAUCGCCAUGCUCUUUAGCAUAUCUUCCAUGGUCACCGCGCUUGUUAUACUCAAAGUCUACGAGGGAAGAGCACAGCCCAGGUUCGCGUACGGAUUGACGCUGAACGCUCUCAUCUCUCUGCUUGCUACCGUGUGCAAGUCCUCGCUGGUAUACGUCGUUGGCGAGUGCAUUAGCCAGUUGAAGUGGGUUUGGUUUCAUCGAGGGAAGAAAAAGAAGGCACUGGGUGGGAUACAACUGUUUGACAGUGCCAGUCGGGGCCCGCUCGGGUCACUCUUCGUUCUGAUGCAGCACAAAGGACAGUCAUUUGUCUCGAUCGGGGCCCUAGUCAUCGUCCUGGCGCUGGCAUUCGACACGUUCAUGCAGCAAGUUGUGAGGCAUCCGUUGAGGGAAAUCGAAUCCCGACAGGACAGUCGCGCAGCAGCCAAUCAAUCCAUGGGAGUCAUCCCAGACGCUCUGGCAGAUGACACUGAGAAGCUCAUCUAUACCGGGCUGUGGGCCUAUGACUUUGAGGUCAGGCCGACCUGCCCGUCGGAGAAUUGCACCUGGUCCUCAUUCCCCUCUAUCGAAAUGUGCAGCCAUUGUGAAGACUACACCGAUCGUGCUUCUUUUGGAAAUUGGGCCUUACCGAUGGUAAACAUAAGCCAUAACGGGACUUUCACUGCAUCGUUCACUAUUGACCUCCCAGAACAUAAGCUCCCUGGUAACCAUAGCAUUAGCGUGCUGGCCGGCGGAGGUGCGAAACGGUCAAUAUAUCUGGACUUCCCCCACCACAUACUCUGGCAGCCGUACCAGUACUACGACGGGAGAUCGACUGACAGAACAGUCCUGGGUGUCAAACAUCCACUAACGACCAUAUCCUAUGCUAAUGUCGUCAUUCCCAAGAGACGCGUGGCAGUGGAGAAUGAUAUGCUGGACUUGGGACAGACAUUCACCCUGGCCAAAGUCACACACUGUGUGCUCUCCCCCUGCCUGAGGACAUAUGACAUAUCCAUCACCGGCGGGAGACCGUUCAUCAACGUCUCUUCUCCGGACUGGGGCGAGCGGCAUUCCGCCCCGGAGAGACGGUCAACAACGUGCUGGAAAUCCUCACACAGCGGAACCGUCUUCAACUGGGAAAAUGUUUCUUACACCGGCCGCGUCGACUUCUCUGAGCUUGCCUUCUGCACCGAAGGCGACUACGGUCUUCGCCACUACUUCGUUGACACCAGGAGACAGAAAAACUCCUCGAACGGCGUAGUCGAAUGGGAAGCUCCAGCUUACCGCGGCCCUCAACUGCUCAGUGACAUCAAGACACCCGUCCUCGACAGAGUGGAAGCCCUAGGGCUGCAACCGGUGAUGCACAAUAUCGCGGCCUCGUUCACCAGAGCAGCUCUCCUGGCCAACAAUGCCAGCACAACAAACUACGGCACCGUCUACUCCUACCGAGUCUAUGUUUGCGUCGAGUGGAUCUGGACCGUUUUCCCCGUGGCUCUGGUUGUCCUUGGCGCAUGCUUUCUGGUUAUCACCAUCCUCAUCAACAAGCGCCAGAGACUUCGUUUGUGGAAAUCCUCUGUUUUGGCUGUCCUGUUCCACGGCUUGGAUAGCAUGCCAGAGACUGUUGGCGAUGAUUACUUUGCUACAGCGAGCUCGAUGGAGCAGACUGCAAAGGGGCUUGAAGUGCGACUGGAGACGGUAGAUUCGCGGAGGGGUUUGAUUUUGAAUAGGAGCUAG